AUGUCGACACAUUUAAGACAAACAUUCGCUCAGGCCAAGAACGAGGGCCGCAAUGCGUUGGUCACCUUCAUGACCGCUGGUUAUCCUACCGUUGAAGAUACUAUUCCAAUUUUGCAGGGUUUCCAAGAUGGUGGUGUUGAUGUAAUUGAAUUGGGUAUGCCCUUCUCUGAUCCAAUAGCAGACGGUCCUACUAUUCAGGUAGCCAACACUGUUGCGUUGACAAAUGGUGUAACUAUGAAGAAUACUCUGGAUUUGGUUCGUCAGGCUAGAGAGACAGGCGUUACCGUUCCCAUAAUUCUGAUGGGUUACUACAAUCCUAUCUUGAACUACGGGGAGGAGCAAUUCAUCAAAGACGCAGCUUCCGCUGGUGCCAACGGUUUCAUCAUUGUGGAUUUGCCACCUGAGGAAGCGUUGAAGGUGAGAAACUUUGCUAGAGAAUCGGGCUUAAGUUUAAUUCCAUUGGUUGCACCAUCCACAACAGAGGAACGUCUGGAGCUGCUUGCCGAAAUAGCAGACUCCUUCGUCUACGUUGUCUCAAGAAUGGGUACCACCGGAGCUCAGACUUCUAUGGCCAGUGACUUGGGUCAACUGGUUACCAAAGUGAGGAAGUACACGAAGGAUACACCACUCGCCGUUGGCUUUGGUGUUUCAACCAGAGAGCACUUUAAGGACGUCGGCUCGCUGUCUGAUGGUGUCGUUAUUGGAUCCAAGAUUGUAACACUGUGUGGUGAAGCACCAAAGGGAAAAGCAUACGCGGUUGCCAAGAAAUAUGUCGAGGAGAUAUUGGCUGGUCAAAAGCACAAGAUAUUGACCAAGGAAGAAUUUUAUCAGCUACAGCGGAAGUCUAUUGAAGAAGCUAGACAAACCGAGGAGCUUGUCAACAACUUCAACGAGACACACAAACAUCCAAGUAGAUUCGGCGAUUUUGGUGGUCAAUAUGUUCCUGAGGCGUUGCAUGCUUGUCUCAGAGAGUUAGAGGCCGGUUUCGACGAGGCUGUAGCGGACCCAAAGUUCUGGGAGGAGUUUAGAUCUUUGUAUUCCUACAUCGGUCGUCCCUCCUCCCUGCAUAAAGCUGAUAGACUAACCGAAUAUUGCGGUGGGGCUCAAAUCUGGUUGAAAAGAGAAGAUUUGAAUCACACCGGUUCUCACAAGAUCAACAACGCGUUGGCUCAAUUGCUAUUAGCAAAAAGACUAGGUAAGACCGAAAUUAUCGCUGAAACUGGUGCUGGUCAACACGGUGUGGCUACUGCCACCGCAUGUGCAAAGUUCGGUUUAAAGUGUACAGUUUUUAUGGGAGCUGAAGAUGUUCGUCGUCAGGCCUUGAACGUUUUUAGAAUGAGAAUUCUGGGUGCUAAGGUGAUUGCUGUUACAAAUGGUACAAGGACUUUGAGAGACGCAACCUCCGAGGCGUUCCGUUUCUGGGUCACCAACUUGAAAACAACCUACUACGUUGUUGGAUCCGCAAUCGGUCCUCAUCCUUAUCCAACCCUAGUGCGUACUUUCCAAAGCGUGAUCGGCCAGGAAACGAAGAAGCAGUUCGCUGAGCUGAACAGCGGCAAGCUGCCUGAUGCUGUAGUUGCAUGCGUAGGUGGUGGUUCCAACUCCACAGGCAUGUUCUCGCCAUUUGAAAAGGACCUCAGCGUCAAACUGCUGGGUGUUGAAGCAGGUGGUGCUGGUAUCGACACUGAGUCUCAUUCCGCCACACUUACCGUUGGCAGACCUGGUGUCUUCCAUGGUGUCAAGACCUACGUUUUGCAGGACCAGGAUGGUCAAGUCCAUGACACGCACUCCGUGUCUGCGGGUUUGGACUACCCAGGUGUCGGUCCAGAACUUGCUUACUGGAAAUCCACAGGCCGUGCAGAGUUCAUAGCGGCCAGUGACGCACAGGCUCUGCAAGGCUUCAAACUGCUUUCGCAGCUUGAAGGUAUCAUCCCAGCUUUGGAGUCAUCCCACGCCAUCUACGGUGCCUGCGAACUCGCCAAGAAGAUGAAACCAGAUCAACACAUUGUGAUCAAUGUUUCUGGAAGAGGUGACAAGGAUGUGCAAAGUGUCGCUGAAGUACUGCCCAAGUUGGGUCCAGUCAUCGGCUGGGAUCUAAGAUUCGAGGAGGAUCCUUCGUUGGGCCAGUAA